AUGGACAUCCUUCGGGCUCUAUUCUUUGUUGCUCUUGUGGCUGCGCCUGGGUGCUCAAGCCUUCCCACAACAGAAUCUCCUAGAAGCGUAACGAACAGCUUGAUUUAUAUAACUCAGACAGCCCUGAUGCAUAUAAAGAAACUAAUAACAAAUUUACCGGUGCCUUCUCUGGUCGAAUUCAGCACUCCUUCCAUCACAGGACUAACCAGCAUUAGCCACGACCUCGGACUUUUCAUCAAUGAACUGCAGAGCCCCCAUGCAGACCUGAUCCUUCAGAUACACACCGACGUCUCCAGUUUGGAGGGACUGGUGCGCUACUAUGCCCAGACGAUGAACUGCACCAUUCAGGAUCGACCCCAAGCACAUGCCGCAGACCAUCCGUUCCCUGACAGUCAUAUUUCCAGGACCCUGGUGAAGUUGAAGCUCUAUCUGGAAAACUUGCUUCUCCACAAGGACAAAUUCAAGGUCUGUUGA